UCUCUGGCUCUCGUGACGUGUGGUUGUUCUCACGCUGCUCCGCCGGUCCGCAGUGCCAGUGCCGCCCGAUCCUGGCACCACGUAGAAGUGUCGCCCAGUUGGUCUCUCUUAACUUCAAUCCGGCCCAGCUUUGUAAGGGGGGGAUAGGGAAGACAAGCCCGUGUUUUUCCUUCCUCGUGACGCCGUGACUCGCCGCCGACACGUGAAAAGUGAACACUCUUGGCCAGGCAAGCUUUUUGGAGACCCUUUAUCGAGACGUGGCGCGGGGGGAGGAGAAGAGGAGAGGAAGGAAGGAACAAACACUAAGAGACUCUAAAUCCGUCUUGAGCUGUGGCACGAGGGAGCAAACGUCUCUGUCACUCAAAGGAAACACUUGACUCAACCUCACCUAACCUAACUAUCUCUCUCUCUCUCUCUCUCUCUCUCUCUCUCUCUCUCUCUCUCUCUCUCUCUCUCUCUCUCUCUCUCUCUCUCUCUCUCUCUCUCUCUCUCGUGUAGCAAGUCUUUGAGUGACAGACAGACAGACAGACACACGAGGCUCACCAAGUCCUGACCCUCACGCACCUGUUUACUUCACUCUCCAGGUGGGUGGACAGGUCCCGUCGCGACUCACCUGCGUGUUCUGCUCAGGACGAGUUAUCGGCAUGGUCCCACGCCAAGCCUCAGACACCCCACCCCUUCCAAGCGCCCACGCGUGAUGCCGUGCCGCCCAUGAGGGUGCAAUGGGCGGCGGGGCGGCGGUUGGUGGUUGGCGGCGUGGCGGGUGGUGGUGGUGGGCGGCGGUGGUGGCAGUGGGCGCGGUGGUGGUGAUGCCCCGCCAUGCCGCUGCUAACAUCGAUCUCUACAUGUCCAGUGAGGAGACCCACCGACUGCUGGGUCUGCUGGCCGAGCUGUACUAUGUGCGCGAGGGAGUCAUCAACACCUAUGCCCUCAACUUCACCGUCCCCGUGCCGGCAAACUUCACCUACAUUUACUUUACAUGGAAGAGCCUUAUCAAGCGGCCGAUGCAGUACAUGGCCCACAUCGACUACAACAACGGGGAGGCGAUGGCACUUCCUCAACUGAACAUCUCCAACAAAGGCGUUGUGCCGAUCCAACCUGAUACCUUUAGCGUGUCCCUCCCUUGCUCGGGCCGCGUCAACGCUGAGGUCAUGGUGAACCUGCACCUUAACAUCACCACCCAAAAUCUGACCAACAUUACCAUCAAGAGGAAGAAGAUCUGCCUCAAAGAAGAGUUUGCUCCGAGGAACGAGAGCAUCUACCUUCGCCCGGAGUGGAUGUCCACCUCGCUGGGGACGCUGUACGUGGCCAUGGGAGCUGCCUGCACCUUCACCGUCCUGGUCAUCACCAUUGCUUCCGUCCUCUACCUCAGAGUCAAGAGGACCAGAACACAGGCGUCACUCACCUGCCGGUACUACAGCGGGCCGGGCUACAUGGGAGACACCAGCGGCACCACGGGGGGCAGUGUGCGCGGCCCCGCCUCGCUUCGCAGCAACUCCUACGUCACCAUCGCCUCCUUCAAAAAGGUGCCCAUCAUCUCCAGCGAGAAAAAGAAGAAAGCCAAGGUGUGUGCUGCCGGAGCGGGGGGAGAGUCCCUGCACUACGCCUCAUCACCACUCUCGCAGGUGUACUCACAGCCCUACUCUCCCGCCCACUCACUCCCCGCCUCCCGACACUCGCACGCCUCAUGCUGCGCCUCUUCCCUGCACUCUCAGGCUUCGUGGCGCGACCCUCGCAACCUUGACCCCAGCGAGAGGGUGAGGCAGCUGGCCAUAGAUGGCUGGAAGGUGGAGGUGGGCGAAGUGGUGCAGGAGGGUACCUUCGGGAGGGUGUUGCUAGGCGUCUAUCGAGACCCCUAUGCCCGCGCCGCUCUUAAUGUUAUCAUCAAAACAGUCUCAAGUGAGGCAUCGUCAGCACAAGCGCGGAUGGCAGUUAGAGAAGGGUUGCUGCUGGCUGGUCUUCACCACCAACACCUCCUGCCUGUGCUGGGGGUAUGCCUCGCCGAUCCUCGCCGUCCUCUCCUCCUGUACCCGCAUCUUGGCCUCACUAACCUCAAGACGUAUCUGUUGGGCUGCGGGCGGGGUUCCAACGAGGGCGUGAAGCUUCUGACUCGAGAUUUGGUGCACAUCGCCAUCCAAAUUUGCCUGGGACUUAUCCAUCUUCACCAACAGCGACUCCUGCACAAAGACGUCGCUACAAGAAAUUGCUUGAUUGAUUCAGAACUGCAGGUCCGAGUGUCGGAUACUGCCCUGGCCCGAGACCUCUUCCCACAGGACUACCACUGUCUCGGGGACAAUGAGAACCGUUCUGUCAAGUGGCUGAGUCUGGAAGCCUUGAUCCACAAACAGUUCACUCCUGCUAACGAUGUGUGGAUGUUUGGAGUGCUCUUGUGGGAACUUGCAACGCUGGCACAGCAACCCUACAUUGAAGUGGAUCCCUUCGAGAUGGCAGCCUAUCUACGUGACGGUUACCGCCUGGCCCAGCCCAACAACUGCCCUGACGAGCUGUUUGGGAUGAUGGCACGGUGCUGGGCCCCGGCACCUGAGGACCGAGCCAGCUUCCCCCAUCUGCUCUCCUGCCUCCAGGACUUUUAUUCAGCUCUUGGAAAAUACAUUUGAAAAUGUCUUUGUAUGUUCAUGUGUCCACUGCCUGUGAAACAAAAUUCUCCUAGAAGUGUUACAGUCAAGAGUCUUAUUGUGUACUUAACUUAUGAAUUUAUAACCAUAUGCUGUAACACUUAAGUCGUCAUGUGUCAACACGCUGUUAAUUCAUAAGCCUAAUUGUUUCUAAGAGCAGCAAAAGUUUGAUAUGAGAGAAAUAAUAGCAACCAAACAGUAAUAUCUCUUUUUCUUUUCCAGACUAUGUAAUUAAGGGUUGUGUGUAUGAAUCCUCACCAUUUAUCACCAGACUAGAAAGGACCAAGAAAACAAGAAUCCUUAUUUUGAUAAGCUACAAAUAUGUUCCCUUGUGAUUAAUCUAAGAUUACGUAAAUAUUGGAUUAAUUUUAUUCUCUUCUGGAUAGGGGCAGUGCUUCACAUAGAUGGUUGCAUGAAAUUGAAAGGAAUCUAUACACAGUCUGAUGCAAAUAAUUGUUUCAUUUAUUUUGAAGUGAAGGUAUUGAGGUAUCUGACUUCUUUAUUAUACAUUUAUUUAUUGCCUCAGGUAUGAACAUUAGUUUUCAUAAUGUUUAAUAGAGCUAAUUAACCUCUGCCAUUGAAGCUCCCUUGAUGGACUCUUGGUGUGGACAGUGAAUGGGUUGUUGUUUCUGGUGAUUGAAGGUGCAGUACAAGUUUUCCUCCAAUACUUAUAUAAACUCGCUCAUGUUGGCGCUGGCAAGUGUUGCAAGCAUAGUGUGUGUGUGUGUGUGUGUGUGUGUGUGUGUGUGUGUGUGUGUGUGUGUGUGUUCUUCAAUAUAAUUUAAAUAUAGUAAGUUGACAAAUUGUGUUGAAAAGAAUUAAUGAACUAACUGUUCUUAAGCUAGACUGCAAUGAACAAAAAGGAGCAUUUGUUGACAUGUUUGUGUGAUGAUUAUUAUCUGACAUACUGGCAAACAGGGUCCUCACAUUAUGUAACUAAAUGUUUAUAUAUUUACUUGUGUGGUAUAUAUCCACAUACAUAUACAUAUACUGGUAGUUUAUCACCAUGCAUGAGUUAUACUACACUCAUGAAAAUUGCUGUGGGUGUGGGUGUGGGUGUGGAUGUGUGUGUGUACGUAGAAGCUGUAAAUAUAUAGAGUAUGUUUAUAACCAUAGUGAUAUAUGUAUAUGUAUGUCCAUAUAAUGAAUGCCUUUAUUUGUAUUUCUAUCUCAAAUGAACACGACUAGUGAUGUGCAGUAUAGAAGGUAUGUGUUUACUGACAGGCCUCGAGGUCUUCCAAUGUGGAAGACACCGAUUCUCAAAAUAGAAGUGGGUGUCAACAUUUUCUUUUUGUUUUUCAUUGUUUUUGGUGUGACCUGUGUCUUCCCUGUGUUCCAUUACAUGAUGCAGCAGUACUGUCUGUACUGACCAGCUUCAAUAACACAAGUCGACAAGUUUUAAUUGUUUGGAAAUUUUGAACAAAACAAAGUGUGAUUUCUAUUAGCUUUACAAAGUUUUUAUUUAUUUAUUUGUUUUAUUUAUUUAUUUAUUUUUUUAUUUAUUUAUUUUUAUUUAUUUAUUUAUUUAUUUAUUUAUUUAUUUAUUUUUUUUUUUUUUUUUUUUUUUUUUUUUUGUAUGAUGAAGUGUGUGGCUGAUAAAAGUAAAAAUGAAAUAUCAGACUAAGAUUAAUUAACGAUAGGAUAAAGUGUUAUGGAAACAAGCAGAAUUUUCACAUGCCAAUGAAAGCAUCUAUGUCAUUCACAAUGUUUCACAUGUGAGGAAAGACUGCAGUUGCUCCAAAUCUGCUGAAUUCAAGUCAUUUCAACAUCUAGCAUGCCUCUAAAGACAUAUUAAAGCUGCUCUUUCAGCUCAUAUUGGAAAGAAAAGUUAACAUGAUAUAGUACAAGUUACUGCCUCCUUCCUUCAUGUUUUGAUUAGAGGAAAAAUUUUUAAUAUACACUUACAACAUUCUUGGUAAAUUUUAGCCUUCACUACUUACAUUGUCAAACUUUCUAGGCUCAUAGCAAUGAGGUAAGAAAGUUUUGUGUUGCAUGUUGAUAUUUAUUCAUUAAGAGCAUUAUAUACACUGGAUAAUGUUUUUAUGGUUUGACUUGUCUACUUUGUUUUGUCAGUAUCAUACAUUUAGAUAAGGUCUUGAGUGGGUUAAUGACAACUUAUCCAACCGUCAGAUAAUAGAAUGGAUGAUCAUAACUGUUAGUUAAGAAAAUGGAUAGUAAGAAUCAAAAUGUAAUGCCGUACUCUAGAUUAAGAGUUAGAAUGGUGCUACAUUAAUGACUGAUCUACGUACAGCGAUGUGAGACAUAGAUUAUAAUCAAUUGUAAGUCUCCACUAAUGAUGAGGUGAAAGUCUACCAAAUGCUUAGUGCUAUGUAUUCAAUGAGCCAGACUGUGAAAUGUUUUUUUUUUUUUUUUUUUUUUUUUUUUUUUUUUUUUUUUCAUUAGUCAUCACUAAACCAAAUAUAGAAGUCAACCAUGCCAGCCACAUUACCUCGUCAAGUUUUCAGUGCUUCGCUGUUUAAAAUGACGCGGUUGAUGUUUCUUGUUACUUCAUUGAUGUGUUCUUUACAUAUGUAACAUUGUACAUAUCUUGAAUUAACAAACUAUGAGAUGAGAAUCAUUCAUUCUAAAGGUUCUGAUACACUGAAAAGGAAGUAUUCAUGGAUUAUAACUGAAUGGGAAAAUGUUUUGUCGGCAUGUAUGAAAUAUAAAGUAAUGGAUGUUUUCCCUAUCUGCAGAAAUAAUUAACUCUGAGAAAGAAAAAUAAUAAAUAUCAGCAGCAAGACAGAAGCCAUCCUUCUCAUAGGUAUGGUGAUGUACUCCAGUCCUCCAAUGAACGAGUGUGCCCGUCCUGCAGGCGACAGCAGUGCCAGGCUCCUCCAUGGGAUCGCCACGCCUGCCCACUCGCACGCCGGACCUGAGAGUACCCAGUUGUUGUUCUUGUUGUUGUUGUUGUUGUACUUGAAAAAAAAUAGUGCAUGUUGCAAGUCGCACAUUGUCCAUUUUUGUACCAGCCUUUGUUAAUUAACGAAGAAUAAAUAACUGGUGCUUUGACCCAAGAAAUUGU